CCACCCCUGUAUAAAAGAAAAUCGGAAAGGAAGAAGAUAAAGAGAGAAAAAAAAAGAAAUCAAUGGCUGCUUCCUUAUCCACCUCCGUUGUAGCUUCGGCUUCGUCGCGUUUGUGGCACCCUGCUUCCAACGCCGGGAAGAUUAGCGUCCCUUCUUCGGCUUCGCUUUCUCUCCGCUCUGGUUCGAGACGGAGUCAGUUUUCUCUCGGCGGCUCUUCCGCCUCAGCUUCUUCUCAGCUGCUCCAUUGCUCCUUCCUCUCUUCACCUCUCUCUCUAUCCUCUACAUUUUCUGGUUUGUCAAUAGCAUUUGAUGUCAGCAGUGGAACGAGUGGGUUGAACGGGCAGAAGAAACGAAGAGGGCUUGUUGUGAGAGCUGGAAAAGCUGCUCUGUGUCAAACAUAGAGAAGCAGGUCAAGAAAAUCUCUGGCUAGGACUCAUGGUUUCCGUCUGAGGAUGAGAACCACUAGUGGUCGAGCCACCAUCAAGCGCAGACGUGCCAAGGGACGUUGGAAUCUCUGUCCUAAGUCCAACCCUAGCAGCGGCAAACGGGCUUGAAGACUCUUUCCUUUCCCUCCUCCUUCUCUCUCUCUGUAUUCUUGCUUUUUUUCCGCCAGAUGAUACAAUGACACGAACAGAUGAGCUAUUUUCUGUAUUUUAACUCCUUAUGUAUUCUUGAUUCGUUUACUGA